AUGUUUCCUACUUUCACCGGCACGUCGAGGAGGCCUCGGAACGUCAACCUCAGUGGCCAGCGAAAUACGAACCCCUGGGCCACCCCAAACUGGGCUACGUCCGGUUCUGGUGCUUCCAAAACGGUAGCACAGGCUCAGAUUGAGCGUGAAAAGAGGCAGAGGGAGCGGGAUGAGUUGAAUGCUGCUAAGAGGCUCCAGAGAGUCUGGAGGGGACAUAGCGGCCGACAAGGCUUCAGGCGGACAUGCAGACAAGAGUACGAUCGUCUAUACCACCAAGCCGCACUCCACGAUGCGCCGGAUCGAGUCACUGAUGCUCUACCCCUUCUCCUCGCUCUCUUUGACCCAAAGCAGGCGGAGGACCAGCGACGCCUAGACCUAUUCGUGAGAGAUUUAGCCGGUUUACGUACGUCCGCAACCCACAUCGGAAUUUCCGACCCAACUUCGUGGGAUCGGCUUGAGCGGCUCCUUAUCAGAGCCCUAGAAAAGCGUGCCGUGACCUCGUCCCAGCCCCUUGUCAGCCUCUUGGUUGACAUAGUGAGGAAAAGGCCGAUUUCUCUCGCACCCGUCUUAGACCAAUACUAUAAACUGCUUGCGCGAUAUUACGAGCAAAGCAGCAAUGCAGAAAUCUCGGUAGAAUACCAGCAAAUCCUGACUCGGGCAGCCACCGCGCCAUUGGAAGCAGUAUUUGAAGGAGCAAUGCCCAUUGUGCGAGCGUACCAGGCUUUCUCCUUCUAUUUUCUCACCUCGUCAAGCCUGUCUUUCUUACGCCGAGACCCCUCUCCAAUUGCACGCUGCUUGAAUCUGCAGGCCUUAUCGCAGAGCGUAAUCGAUACCUAUUCGGGGCGGGAACACAUAAGCACACUGUCAAAGAAAGGCUCUCUUUGGUUGCUGGCGCAUUUCAUCGCCUUGAAUAGAGCAGCGCCGGUCUCCCAAGGCUCCAAGUAUCUCGAGGCUCUCUAUCUCCAGUUAUCUAUCCUUGCCGAUGAUAUCCGAAUGCGCCAUGGACAGCACGGCAACCAGAACGGUCUCAGUCAUAGCGAUGAGGCAUCCGAUGACGCUAUUGAAGACGAAGACGACUUCCCUCAAUCCGACUGGGUGUUCGAACAGCUCGACUUCCUCGUGAACGAAGACGGCAUCUCGGAAUUGCUCAACAGGUUUACCUCGACAGCUCUGUCGUCCGAUCGUCUUUCAGAAGACGCCAGUCUACUUGCAGGCUACACUUUAGUGUUACUAAGAUGUUUCCCUAGCCAUGGCGAUGAUAUCAAAAUGCGACUUUUCCAGGGGGAUAUUUCGACAACUGAUCCAGCGGGUCCCGCGUCGACGCCGUCCGUCAAAUAUUUCUGGAAAGCGGCUUUAAAUACCGAGAUAUUUCAGAGCAUCAUGCAGCCCAGAGCUCAACAGCAACCUACUCUGGUCGUCAAUCUGCUACAAUCGGAGCCCAUCCACGACCGAGAGUGGCGGACUAUACUCUUAUUCCUAGAAUUAUACAACUUCCUCUUGAGAGUUACAGAUGACGAGGAUUUUUUGCCAAUGGGAGGUCAGAUAUCAUCGCAGCAGAGCCCCGCAACUAUGCGUAUACGCUCGAGCAGUCUCAGCCUCGAUGAAUUGCAGCAACUCGUCAACUUCCUUAAAAAUCUCUCGUUCCCGCUCUAUUAUAAUUUGCUAGAUAUCAUGCCGCCCACCUCCGGACCCACGCGUCUGCUAAACAGCCUCAUGGGAAUCAGUUCUAGAAAGCCAAGCGAGCAAGAGGAAGCCACAAAACCCACGCCAUCGGUAUUCGCUGGAAUCAUCGGCAUGACUGUUCUGGGUCUGAGAAGCGCGUCCACAACCACCAUGCGCUCUUUAUACGAAAGAGACUCUCGUCGCCGUUUUCUCCCCGCAGACUUCUGGUUGAUGACCUCAAAAUUCGACAUGGAUAGCUUUAUUUCGGCAGUCGUGCUGGAGGAACAGCGGAAGGACCAGAUGGACGAGGACAAAGAAUACGAGGACGACUCAGACGAGGACACUCUUAGCACUUUCCACACUUUCACUGGGCAGCGCCUCUCACGCGCAGCUCAAAUUGAGAAACGUCGUCGCCUGCGAAAGGUCCAGCGCGAACAGUUGCUCUCCCAGGUCGGGCCGAAACUCGAAAUCCUCCGAAAUAUGCCCUUCGUUAUUCCUUUCGAAGUGAGGGUCCAGAUAUUCCGCCAGUUUGUGUAUCUAGACAAGUCCAAGCGCCGAGGUGGCCACGUCGACCCUGACCGAUGGCGGCUGUCGGUGAUUUCGUCCGAGGGCGGGUUUAAUGAACAUUCCGUCAGAGGGAGGGAUAUCCUCGGCCGUCAUGCGGCUCGUGUGAAACGUGGUGAGGUAUUCGACGACGCGUACAAGCAGUUUUAUCCCCUCGGCGAGGGGUUGAAAGAGCCAAUCCAGAUAACCUUCGUUGACCAAUUCGACCAGCCCGAAGCCGGUAUCGAUGGCGGCGGCGUUACUAAAGAGUUCCUCAUCAGCGUUACGGACGAGGCCUUCAAGCCCGGGCCAGGCGGCCCCAGCCUCUUUGUCACGAACAAUCAGAACCUCUUAUACCCAAAUCCGACCGCAUUUGAUGACCUCGCGGAGUUUCUCCGUUACGAAGGAUACUCGGAAGGCGACGUCGAAUGGAAGACGCACAUGGCAGACCUUUCCAAGCGCUACGAGUUCCUCGGCCGUGUGGUGGGCAAGUGCAUGUACGAAGGUAUCCUCAUUGACAAGGCUUUUGCUGCCUUUUUCCUCCUCAAGUGGUCAUCGUCAGGGCAAAGCUCGCCAACUGACUACCGUGCGAAUUUGAACGAUCUACGAGACCUUGACCCCGAAUUGUAUCAAGGGCUCAUCAAUCUCAAAAACUAUCCUGGCGAAGUUGUCGACCUUGCAUUGGACUUCACAAUCACAGAUCAGUUCUCAGGCCCCCAAGGGGUUCGCACGGUCACUCGCCCGCUUUACAAGAACGGGGAGGAUAUUCCCGUCACCAACGCGAACCGCCCCCUGUACAUCUCGUACGUGGCGAAUCACCGGCUGGUAGCCCAACCCUAUCGACAGACCAAGGCUUUCCUUCAGGGGCUCGGAUCCAUCAUCAACCCCUCCUGGCUGUCGAUGUUUAACCAAUUGGAGCUUCAGCGCCUAGUAGGGGGGGAUAGUUCGGAGAUUGACGUCGAGGACUUGCGGCGUAACACCAUGUACUCGGGUCUCUACGCUAUUGGCGACGACGGGUUGGAGCACCCUACGGUCCAGAUGUUCUGGGAGGUGAUGCACGGGCUUCAAGAUUCGCAGCGCCGCGAAGUGCUCAAAUACGUCACAUCGACACCGAGGGCGCCACUGCUAGGCUUCUCUCAGUUGAGCCCGCGUUUUAGUAUUAGAGACAACGGGACCGAUGAGGAUAGAUUGCCGAGCACCAGUACAUGCGUCAAUCUCCUGAAGCUACCUCGUUACAAUUCAGUAGGGACGCUGAGAAGUAAGUUACUAUACGCCAUCCAGUCCGGAGCCGGGUUCGACUUGAGCUAG